CGUGAUUGUCGGAAUCAAUUUUUGAUAUUGUCGAUGAGACGUGUGGUUUUUAGUAAAAAAUUAAAUCAAAAAUUGUUUAAAAAUACUCAAAAAGAAUAAGAAAAAGUAAAAAAAGCAAAUUUACACUAUGAAGUUUCGUGCCAUGAUGCAGGAUCCUGAGUACAUGCGAGAAUUUCUCUAUAUUAUACAAACAUUAUCGAAAUUGGCAAAAGCUUGUGUAAUGAAAAUAUCUAUGGACAAAGUCUACUUUGUUGCCAAUGAGGAAUCCGGUAGUACCGCGCCAUUAGUAUGGGUGGAAAUUGAUCCGAAGCAAUAUUUCGCUGAGUACACAAUGCAAGGUGUCGACAGUGAAAAAGAUCCACAUAUUGUGCUAAAUAUACCGACAUUGAAUUUGGGAACUGCACUUUCCUUACUCCGUAACAAUCCUUCCUACUGUAAAUUGAAGCUUACAAAUUUACAGUUUCCUUGUUUAACAGUUGACAUUGAUGCGGCAACUAAGAGUUCAGAUAAAUCUCGUCGCGCCAUGCAUCACGUACCUGUGGAUGUGAUACCACGCUGUGAUUGGCCACAUUUCGCCGUUCCUUCUAUUCCAGAAUGUAAGCUAGUGUUAAAUGUGCCAUCCAACCGUUUAAUACGUGGUUUAAUUGAUAAAAUAAAGAAUCUCUCGCCGACAAUAAUAUUUUACGCCACUUCUGCCGGUGAGAUGAAUUUGGUUGCCGAAACAGAUAUGGCAACAAUAACAACACGUUAUCAAAAUCUUGAAUUACGCACCAUAAAUCCAGGUGAUGGCGACAAGAGCAAAGAGCAAAUAGAGGCAUCUUGUUCGGUGGAUUGUAAGAAAACUGCAUUAUUUUUCUCGGCUCUGCAAAUACCAUCAACAGAAUUAUCGUGUGGCAUAGCUGAUGAUCGACUCAUACAUUUAGAAGUAAAUGUCCGCGAUGGCGUUACCAUUCACUCCAAAUUGCCAGCUGUUUGUAUAUAAGCAUCAACCAACUGAACAAUAAACUCACAAUUUUUUCCACAACAUUAA